GGCCCAUAAAGUCUAUUAUUUAUUAAUUUAGUUGCGCUUUUUUCUUUCGUCAUUUCUGAAAAAAACAGAAUUCUUCCAAAGCAAUUGUUUUGAUCCCAGUCUCACUCAUGGCGGAGAUUGAGCUAAAAACUGCACCUGCUGAUUUUCGUUUCCCAACAACAAAUCAAACCAGACACUGUUUCACUCGUUAUGUAGAGUUUCAUAGGUGCUUGGCAGCAAAGGGUGAUGGUUCAGCUGAAUGUGAGAGAUUCGCUAAAUAUUACCGCUCCCUUUGCCCUGGAGAAUGGGUUGAAAAGUGGAAUGAGCAGAGGGAGAAUGGGACUUUCCCAGGACCUCUUUGAAAUCAUCUCUGUGCCUUGGACAACCUUUUGAGGCUUGAAAACACUUGAACUUUAUGUUGGUUUAAUUUCUUCUGUUAAUUUGAUGAUCUUUACCAAAUCAUGUUGGAUCAAUAAGGCAGUUUAUGGGAUAUUCAGUGUUCAAAGUUCACAAA